CCCGCGGGUGGCGCGCAACGCAUGGUGGCGGCUCCUCUCGGAGCGCAGCCGACCCGCUGACCCGGGCUUCGCUCCCCGUGCCCGGCGGCGCCCCGGCGGCCGGCUGGAGGCCGAGACAGCGGCAGCCUUAGCAGCGGCGGCGGCGGCGGCGGCUGUGCCGCCGCCGUCUCCGCGGGAGCAUGGAGUGCGCCCUGGACGCCCAGAGCCUGAUCAGCAUCUCCCUGCGCAAGAUCCACAGCUCCCGGACCCAGCGCGGCGGCAUCAAGCUGCACAAGAACCUCCUGGUGUCCUACGUCCUCCGCAACGCGCGCCAGCUCUACCUGCACGAGCGCUACGCCGAGCUCUACCGGCGCCAGCAGCAGCAGCAGCAGCCGCCCCAGCACCAGCACCAGCACCAGCACCUCGCGUACGCGGCGCCCGGCGUGCCCGCCAGCGCGGCCGACUUCGGCCCGCUCCAACUUGGCGGCGGCGGCGGCGGCGGGGACGCGGAGGCGCGCGAGCCGGCCGCUCGGCACCAGCUGCACCAGCUGCACCAGCUCCACCAGCUGCACCUCCAGCAGCUCCAGCACCCGGCGCCCAGGGGCUGCGCGGCGGCCGGGGCGCCCGCGGGCGGCGCGGGGGCGCUCACGGAGCCGCCCGGGUGCGCCGCGCUCCAUCCGCCGCACGGCGCGCCCCACCGCGGGCAGCCCUUGGAGCCGCUGCAGCCGGCUCCUGCGCCGCUGUCGCCGCCGCCGCCCGCGCCCUCCGCGCUCUGCCCGCGGGACCCUCGCGCCUCGGCCGCCUGCUCCGCGCCCUCCGCGCCCCCCGGGGCCGCCCCUCCGGCUGCCGCCGCGGCCGCCGCCUCCCCGCCCGCCUCCCCGGCCCCCGCCUCCUCUCCUGGCUUCUACCGGGGCGCGUACCCGGGCCCCUCGGACUUCAGCGUGCACUGCAGCAGCCAGACCACCGUACUGGACCUGGACACUCACGUGGUGACCACGGUGGAGAACGGCUACUUGCACCAGGACUGCUGCGCCUCCGCCCACUGCCCCUGCUGUGGCCAGGGCGCUCCGGGACCCGGCCUGGCGUCCGCCUCCGGCUGCAAGCGCAAGUAUUACCCCGGCCAGGAGGAGGAGGACGACGGCGACGAAGAGGACGCGGGCGAGCUGGGGGCCGAGCCCCCCGGGGGCGCCCCCUUCGCCCCCUGCAAGCGCGCCCGCUUCGAGGACUUCUGCCCGGACUCGUCCCCGGACGCGUCCAACAUCUCAAACUUGAUCUCCAUCUUUGGCUCCGGCUUCUCGGGGCUGGUGAGCCGACAGCCAGACUCCUCGGAGCAACAGCCGCCGCCGCUCAACGGGCAGCUGUGCGCCAAGCAGGCGCUCGCCAGCCUCGGCGCCUGGACUCGGGCUAUUGUCGCCUUCUAGGGCGCUGCGAGGGCUCGGGGCCCCGGGGCCCCGCGGGGCCGGGGACAGACAAAGACGAGCGGCGAGCCCCUGGCCGGGGCUGAGCUGGGGGCACGCAGUGAGGGGGGUGGGGGGGCGGCGGCCGAUGUUUUAUAAAUUGUAAAAUAAAAGAGAGAGACAGAGAGAAAUCGGAAACCUU